AUGAGUGAACCUGAAAAAAGGACAACACGCAAAACUAGGGGGCGGCCAGCCCGUUCCCCAGCAAUUCAAAGUGAACCAAAAGUGCUCAAGCUAGAACCCGAAAAAAUCGACUCUAGUCAAAAUACUACAAAAACCACAAGUGAUAUACCACAACGUGAAAACAACAAUCCUAACCCCAGUGACACCAACAUGGGAGAAGAACCCACUCCAUCAACAAGCUAUCUCAAAGAAUGCUUUAAAGUGCCAAUCAGCAAUAGAUUCGAUGUCCUACAACAAAGAACUAACCCUAAACCACAUAAAAACGCUGAAUCAAAAGAAACUCCGGAGAUAAACUCUGAAACAGAAAGUGAUCCGCAACCACCAAACAAACCGGCCAAAUCAAAACCACCACCUCCAAUAGUUUCGGAUUCAGACCAGGUCACAGCACCAUCAUGCAGACGGCCAGAAUCGUCGACUCGAUUAAAAAUGAAUUUACAAAGCACAAAUUAA